AUAUAAAUCUGCAUUGUUAAUCCUCUUGAUCUAUUUUUUUUAAAGUAACCUUUAAUCUGACAAUAAAAAUUGGGGGAAUUCUCACUGUUCAUAAUUAAUUGAACCUUCUUUUAAAAAAGAUAACAGCUCUGAGUUUGGAGAGCACUUGACAGGAUAUCGAGACAAUUCCUUUAUAUAUAUUCUCUCCACACCCUCCGAGCAUCAGAAGCACAUAAAAUGUGGGUGGGUCCUAUGCAAGAUCCAACCUUGGCCCCUGCAUUACAUGACUUCUAAGAGAGAGAGAGUCAGGUUUUGAUUUUCAUUUUUAACUGUUGAUAUUUGCUACAAUCUAUGAUUCAUUCUAUAUAAAUAAUAUGGAUCUCUAGCAGAAAAUUAGGACCAAAAUAUUUAAGAUAAAGCAGUAUGCUAUACUUAAUUUUACACAUGGGGUACUUUUUAUCUCUGUGUGUGCCAAACCUAUCUUUUAAAAGCUAAUUUUAUAGUUUAGGGUUGAUGAAGCUUCUGUCAUGGCCAUCAUGAAUAAUAGCUGUUACCUUGGCAAAAGAAAGUUUCAAAAGAUAUUAAAUAAAAGGAGCAAUGUGCAUUAGAGAAAAAAGUAUUAUUUCAUAACGACAUCCCCCAUAUAAAAUUCUUAUUCUCUAAUGUAAGGUUACAUUUUUGGUUAACAAAGUGGAUUUAUUUACAAAGCGUUCCUUGAUCAUUCCCUAGGCCGGGUAUGAAUAAUUUUGAGCACAACUGUAUUAUAAUUAUAACCAUAAAUCUAAGCAACAGCUUGUUUCAAUAAUUCUUAUUUUACAUGAAUAUGCAUAUUAAACUAUCUUUUAGGUGAUGAAAUGGGAAGCUAUAUGUGAAUCAAAUCCUUGCAACGCGCGGAAACGAGGCUGGUGACGUCCGUGUUUCGUGCUGAUGCUGAGGGGUUACGCCGGUUUCACACUGCACGCGUAGGCAGCGCAUAUUUUUUUUAUUCGGCGCAGAAGUUAACAGUGACGUCUGAGCUGUGUGGUCUCAAGUAACUUUCUGCCUGUUACCACAAAAAAUAACCGAUAUGUUUGCUUUCAUAGUAGGACUCUAAUACUGGAAUGCAGAAAGACAGUAUUGCUUAAAGGGGGAAUUAUUUAGCUAUUUUUGAGGCUUUGAUUAUGUUUUUUGGGUGUUUAACAAUGGAUGUUCAUGUUUCUAUUGUUCCGCUGUCCCUCUUCUAACAAACCGACUGGAUUACUUCCGGUAUAUAUAAAGUCCCUCCUUCCUUGUGUGUGUUUGUGUGUGUGUGUGUGUGUGUGUGUGUGUAUGUGAAGAUGUCCCACCCAUACAAUAUCAGCGAUAUUGGGUACUGGGAUCGAUCCCAGGGGAUUGCACAUACCCAAGUAUAAAUGUAUAGGUUACUGCAAUGUAAGUCGCUUUGGAUAAAAGCGUCUACCAAAUGUAUACAUUUAAUGUAAAUGAACAAGAGUAGGGGUGUUACCCCGCCAUCCUGGCCAAAUUCGCCCAUUCGCCUCUAUACAUCAUGGGCACCUAUUCAUCCCCAUAUGUACUAAUCGGCUUCGUAACUCUGUCUCCUCUCCACCAAUAAGCUGGUGUGGUGGGCGUUCUGGCACAUCAUGGCUGCCGUAGCGCUUUGAGUACCCAGAAAAGCGCUAAAUAAAAGUAUUGAAUGAUUAUUAUUACUAAAGGACAUUGCGUAGGAGUGUUUUAGAGGUAUGCACACACAUACACACAAUAUCAGUGUAGCCUAUUAAACAGAACAGCUUUUACAGCUGAUGUUAAAGUCAUGGAAGCUGUUGGUUACGGUUAUUUUAAAAUUAUCUUUAUUUUACCAGGAUAGUCCCAUUGAGAUACAAAAUCUCUUCUUCCAGGGAGUAAAUAUUUUGGCGUUAAUAUAUAUUUUUUAUAUAAUGAUUUGCACUCUUUGUACACCAUAAUGUUUAAUGCACAACCAGGCGCUUAUCCACGCGUACGAUUAUCCAGACAUUUAUCCGAACGUAAGUUAUCCAGACGCUAAGUAAAAAAAUCCUUUCAAAGCCGCGCCAACACCGCCACGCACAUCGUACGCGGCUCCGACAGGUGACCGUAACGUCUAUCUUACCUCUGACGCCUGAAUACAAUGGGAUUUUAGCCAGACGUCGGACUACAGAGUCUCUUGUCGGUUUGAUAAGCUUGUGGCAAAAAUAGCACAAAGGACAUCUCAAAGAGUUUUUUUCCCCUUCGCGCUGCUCCCCCUACGCACAGCUUAUGCGUGCGGUGUGAAACGGGCGUUAGUUCAGCUCGCUCAGGGAAGCAAAGACACUCAUUCAGCGCUUAACCAUAAUAAAAAUAUGAGCAGACAUGAACGGGUUCAAAAAGGAGGACAGCCAAACUCCGACAACAGCGAUGAAAAAGACUGGGCAGCUGUCAAAGCAUUAUAUGACGAUUUGAAAACAACCAAGAAGCCCCGUCCGCCCAAACCCAGCAACGCAGUAACGAUUGCGGUGUCCUCUCGUACGCUGUUUAACAUGGUGAAGGAGAGGAAGGUGUUUGAAGAUGAGGGGCUGGAAAGGUACGUUAUGCAUCAGCUGGAGCUCGAGGAUCAGCCUUUCACACCGGGGGUCGCUUUCCCUUUCGUAAAGGCACUGAUGAAUGUAAACGCUCGCUUGCGGGAACUUUACCCAGACAGCGAGGAGUUGUUUGAUAUUGUUCUUGUGACUAAUAACCACGCCCAGGUCGGAGUUCGCCUCAUCAACAGCAUCAAUUACUACGGUAUUGACAGACAACAUCAAGAUUUAACUAUUGAGAGAUUUUGCAUGACGGGUGGGGAGAGUCCAAUUGGUUACCUAAAGGCCUACAUGACCAAUCUCUACCUGUCUAAAGAUUCAAAAAAGGUGCAAGAAGCCAUCGAACAAGGAAUAGCAGCCGCUACAAUGUUCACCUGUGACAAUGAGAACGAGCUCAGUGACACACAAUUACGUGUUGCCUUCGAUGGAGAUGCUGUUCUGUUUUCAGAUGAGUCUGAGAUAAUUGUGAAGGAACAUGGAUUGGACACUUUUUUUGAGCAUGAGAAAGAGUUCGAGAACAAACCGCUCGCUCAGGGUCCACUGAAAUGCUUCCUGGAGGCACUGGGUAAACUUCAGCGCAAGUUCUAUGCGAAAAACCAGCGUAUUAACUGCCCAGUCCGCACUUACCUGGUCACAGCUCGAAGCGCUGCAAGUGCUGGAGUCCGUGUUCUGAAGACUUUACGGAGCUGGGGCUUGGAGGUAGAUGAGGCCCUCUUUCUGGCUGGUGCUCCUAAGGGACCUCUCCUUAUAAAGAUCAGGCCUCACAUCUUCUUUGACGAUCAGAUGUUUCAUAUUGAGGGAGCCCAGGAGCUUGGGACCAUCGCCGCCCAUGUGCCUUAUGGGAUUGGACAAAAAUACCAUAAAGGAAAACGCAUAGACAUAAGUGAUGUAGAAAAAUAAGGAAAAGAUUUGAUGGCAAAAGUUUACAUCUCAUCUCUUUACAGUAUAUAUCUAAACAUUCAGAGUCAGUUGUUUAUCUUAUAUCUAAAAUACCUCAAAUAUACCUAUAAAUGUUGACUUUUAUUAAUAAUUAAUUUGAGAUCCUAGAAAGUACAUUUUAUUUUUACCUUUUAAUUGUAUUUUAAACCUUUAGAGACGGUUAAAUGUGUCUUCCUAGAUUGCGUUUUAAUCCUUAACAUUAUCAUAAUGUAUCAGGAACCCAUAAUAUGCAUUUAAUUCACAUACCAGGUGGAUUAGCCAGAUUAUGAACAAUACUAAUCUUUCAGAACUGUGAGGUUAUUAAACUACAUGCAGCCUUCGUUUUUAAGAAAUUGAGAUAUUUUUAACUUCUUUAAUCAAGUUUGCUGUACAAUACUUAUUUAAAUCUAUUAAUUAACUCAGGUAAAGAACAGUUUUGUGUAUAUGCUGUAUAAUUAUAUAGUUUUUAUAAAUCUUAUUAUUGUUAUAUAUAGCUAUAAUAAAUUAUUUUAUUGUAUAGUUUAAGACUUCACUGCUCAAUGCACUUAUUUUGUUUGUAGCAUGUGCACUGCUGAAUUUGUGACCCUUGUGUGGCCUACCAGACUUCCCCACAGACCUUGCAACAUGACCCCUGUGUAAAUGCUGAAAUAGUGAUAAAUGUAAAGAAUUACAUAGCAUGUAUAACUUCUAAGACAUUUUAGACAAAAACGUUUAAUUGACCUUAUGCUGUGAAAUAUUGCUUCAGUAUUUUCACAUUUGUUUCGUCUGCACAACUUUCAAAUGUCUUGCAAUAAACACUAGAUUGAUUCUUGACAAUAAA